GGGCAGGGUGUCGUCAAUGGGUCGGGCGUCAGCGAGGCAUCGUGACCAUUGCAAAGUGCUGCUGCAUUCAUGGCACGCCGCACGCACAGCAGCGCACAUGCCAUCAGAAGCUUGAAGCCCACAGGCCAUCCAUGGGUCAAGCUCCCACCGAGACUACUGCCCACCUUCCAUCCUCCUUCCCCUUCUCUCCGUCCGUCAUCGUCGGUCUUCCUCUUCCUUCCCGCCAGUGGGUGCGCCGGCCGCCUCAUGGCGGCGUGGUUCAGGUUCCUGUCCCCUGAGGCACUGGCUUGCUGCUGUGCCCCAGACCGGCCUCCGGAGACGAGCCAGCUGCGCUACGUCAAAGGCGAUUCGCUGCGCGAGGAGACUCUGGGCAUCCACCGCAACGCGCCGCCGUACGCGAUGCCCAGCUCUGAAUGGUUCGCUGGCCACCAGGCGCCUAUCUCCCAGACGAAAGGUGCGUCGCCCAGCAGGGUCGACGAGGACUCUGGGGCUUGCAGGGGGCCGCGGUCCGCGGACGAGAAGCGCGACGAGAGGGACAGGCUGCAGGGUAUGCUCAAGGAGUUUGCCAAGGCGGUGGUUCAGGGACAGCCGUGUCAAUGGCUGCCAAGCGCUGGCGAGGCGCCCCGCAGGGCCACCUACUCCCUCGACGCGACCCUGGCGCAGUUUAGCCUGCUGCCCGACAGGGCGCCCAGCGUGCAGUUCGAUCUCCUAGACAUCCUGGAGGUCGUGAAGGACGUGCAGGAGACCCCGUUCUCCGAGCUCCACCGGCUGCCGCCCCCGCACGAGGUCGCGGGCCUGGAGUUGGAGAAGAGAUUUGUGUGCAUUCAGCACCAGGGACGCGGUUUGGAAGCUGACGACCGCGGAGUGUCGCACCUCGGCCUGUUGAUGCCCGACGCGUACGAGCGCGACCGCUUCUACAUGUGUAUGAAAAUACUGAGGUGGGCGCAGCAGUCGCGCAGAGACCGCGGGGGCUGACGCUCCCCGCCCCUCUGCGGCGGGCCCCUCCCCGUGCCCCGCUCGGCGGUGGGCGGGAGGAGGCGGAGAGAGAGAGAAUGCAAUGGGGUCGUGUGCGUAGGUGGCCGCCUCCGCCGGCGGAGCGCGCCGAGGUGGCGAGGCCAGCGCGCGCCGGCCGCGCGGCAAUUGCUCGACGCGACGCCUCUGCGAAGUGGAAGACGCGCCUCGCAGGGCAGAAAGGACCUUCCAGGACGGCAGCCCGUCGCGC